AAGCUGUGGCUGCCCCAUCCCUGGCAGUGUUGAAGGGCAGGUUGGAUGGGGCUUGGAGCAGCCUGGGCUGGUGGGAGGUGUCCCUGCCCAUGCAGGGGGUUGGAUCUGGAUGAUCUUGAAGGUCCCUCCCAACCCAACCCAGUCUGGGAUUCUAUGCAGCGCUGUCUCUCUCCUGCCCUGAGGGGUUUGCAGAGGGCUUUGCAGAUGACCUGACUUCCCUGGCUGAUGUUUCUGCCCAUGUGCUCAUUCCCUGGGCUGGCCUGUGCUGUGUCAGGUGCUGAGGCUGCUUGCCGGGCUGCCAGCGUCAGGCAGGAGCUGCUGAAGGAGGGAUUUCACAGGGACCUGCUGGUGAAGGUGGAACUUGGUGUCACGGGGGAGGAUGCAGGAGGGUGUGCAGUGGCAGCCAGGACUCGUCUCCCACCAGGAAUCUACGUGGAUCCCUACGAGCUGGAGUCACUGCAGGGACACAAUCUGACCAAGGCAGCAUUAAUCCCUGAGGUUGUUGAUGUGGAAGCUCCUGAGUAUUUAGCCCCAGAUCUCCUCGUUGUGCUGUACCUGGAACCCGACCCGUGGUGCUCUGGUUGCUUCAGGGCUGUCCUACCCGUGCACGGGCGCUACCACCGGCCAGCAGGAGAAGGCCCUGAGGAAGCCUGGGUGGUUCUGAAGAGCCCAGAAGUUCUGGUCUGCUGCUGUGACAGUCACCUGUUGAUGGAGUGUUGGGAGCCUGCUGAGGUGGAAGGUCCCUGUCCAGGCCAAGCCCUCAGCCCUUGCCAGUGGUACAGUGCCAGGCACAAACCUGCAUCCAAGGAAACGAUUCUGCAGGUCCCAGUGGGACUCAAGCAACACAGCUCCCUAGUGUGUGUCCUGACUCUCCUUGCCACGGUGCUCUGUUCCAGCCUGAUCCUUGCAGCUGUGUGCAAAUAUGGACACUUCUCCUCCCCAGUGAUCUGCUCUGAAUAAAGGCUGAAUGACUGACCUCUGGCCAGCAAAGCUCACUGAA